UUUCUUUCCAAAGAUGUUUGAAAUCGCAGUCAUUUACGCUCGACAAUUUUUACAAUAGCCUUGAGCCAUAAUUUUGCGAGUCUCUCCAGCAUCCAUCCCCCUGUAUGGUCUCUCUCCACCGGCCAUGCACGACCGUUUCUCUCCCCAACCGUGGAUUUCCUAUUACUCUCGUUACGACUCACUGAGCCCCAGGCCCAAGGAUAAUGAUGUGUUGUUUCUUGGUAGCAUAAUUUGUCACACGUACAUUUUUUCUUCUUCUUCUCUUGCAGAAAGCUCUCUCUCUCUCUCUCUCUGCGCGCUUUCUCUCUCCCUCUCUCUUUCUUUCUCUCUCUCCCUCUCUACCCUUCUCUCCUUCUUCCCUCGUACAUUUUCUGGCUGUUGCUAAUUCACGGUGAUCAAAUGAUGUACGACAAAAAAUAAAUUGUAAAGAGUGACUGCUCGGAGUUGAGAACCGGCAAGGUUCUUCUUCUUCUUCCUCCUCCUCCUCUUCUUUUUUUUGAAGGAGCGAUCAAACCCUUUAAAAAGGAAGGACAAUUGAUUUUUUGGGGGGGAGCUUAAGUGAACCUUUACUUUGGCAGCUGGUUGUGGAGCAGGUCGGCGAGCGAGGGGGGCUCCCAGGCCGCCAUGUCCCGCUCCGGCGACAGGACGUCCACCUUCGACCCCAGCCACAGCGACAACCUCCUGCACGGCCUCAACCUGCUCUGGAGGAAGCAGCUCUUCUGCGACGUGACCCUGACGGCCCAAGGCCAGCAGUUCCACUGCCACAAGGCCGUCCUGGCCUCCUGCUCGCAGUACUUCCGAUCGCUCUUCUCCAGCUCGGCCGGCGGGGGCCACCACCACCCGCUGGGCGUGGGGCCCGGCAGCCAGGACGGCCUGCCCGCCAAAGAGCCGCCGCCGCCUCCGCCGCAGUCGAAGCCUCCUCCGCCGCCUCCUCCGCCGGAAGAGCCCGGCACGCCCUCCUCCUCCCCGGAGGACAAGCUGCUGUCCAGCCCGCGGGCCAUCAACAACCUGGUGCUGCAGGGCUGCUCCUCCAUCGGGCUGCGGCUGGUGCUGGAGUACCUCUACACGGCCAACGUCACCCUCUCGCUGGACACCGCCGAGGAGGUGCUCUCGGUCAGCAAGAUCCUGCACGUGCCGCAGGUGACCAAGCUCUGCGUCCAGUUCCUCAACGACCAGAUCUCGGUGCAGAACUACAAGCAGGUCUGCAAGAUCGCCGCCCUCCACGGCCUGGAGGAGACCAAGAAGCUAGCCAACAAGUACCUGGUGGAGGACGUGCUGCUGCUCAACUUCGAGGAGAUGCGCGCCCUGCUCGACUCGCUCCCGCCGCCGGUGGAGUCCGAGCUGGCGCUCUUCCAGAUGUCGGUUCUCUGGCUCGAGCACGACCGCGAGACCCGCAUGCAGUACGCGCCCGACCUCAUGAAGCGCCUCCGCUUCGCCCUCAUCCCGGCCCCGGAGCUGGUGGAGCGCGUCCAGUCCGUGGACUUCAUGCGCACCGACCCCGUCUGCCAGAAGCUGCUCCUCGACGCCAUGAACUACCACCUCAUGCCCUUCAGGCAGCACUGCCGGCAGAGCCUGGCCAGCAGAAUUCGCUCCAACAAGAAAAUGCUUUUAUUGGUUGGAGGACUGCCUCCUGGACCUGACCGGUUACCCAGCAAUUUGGUUCAGUAUUAUGAUGAUGAAAAGAAGACAUGGAAAAUACUGACAAUUAUGCCAUAUAAUAGUGCCCACCAUUGUGUUGUGGAAGUAGAAAAUUUCUUGUUUGUAUUGGGAGGAGAAGACCAGUGGAAUCCCAAUGGAAAGCACAGUACAAACUUUGUCAGCCGAUAUGAUCCUAGGUUUAACAGCUGGAUACAGCUUCCACCUAUGCAAGAGAGGAGGGCUAGUUUUUAUGCCUGUCGGCUUGACAAAAAUUUGUAUGUGAUUGGUGGAAGGAAUGAAACUGGCUAUUUAUCAAGUGUAGAGUGCUAUAAUUUAGAAACAAAUGAAUGGCGUUAUGUAUCUUCCCUACCACAACCCUUAGCAGCACACGCAGGAGCUGUACAUAAUGGCAAGAUUUAUAUUUCAGGUGGUGUCCACAAUGGUGAAUAUGUUCCCUGGCUGUAUUGCUAUGAUCCUGUAAUGGAUGUCUGGGCUCGAAAACAAGACAUGAACACAAAAAGAGCUAUCCAUGCAUUGGCUGUAAUGAAUGAUCGGCUGUACGCAAUUGGAGGAAAUCAUUUGAAAGGGUUUUCACACCUUGAUGUCAUGCUUGUGGAAUGCUAUGACCCAAAAGGAGACCAAUGGAAUAUUUUGCAGACUCCUAUUUUAGAGGGUCGCAGUGGUCCUGGAUGUGCAGUCCUUGAUGACAGCAUUUACCUUGUUGGAGGCUACAGUUGGAGUAUGGGGGCCUACAAAUCUUCCACAAUUUGUUACAGUCCUGAAAAAGGAACCUGGACAGAGCUCGAAGGAGAUGUAGCAGAGCCACUUGCAGGCCCUGCUUGCUCUACUGUCAUACUACCUGCAUGUGUUCCAUACAAUAAAUAACAAUUUAGAAGUACUGAAAGGUGGAAAAGCACUGUCACGUUCUGGAAAGGAAAAUGGUAACAUAAAUAUUUUACAGAACAGAAUUCCUGGUACCGCAUACAAGACCCUAUAACUACACCCACAUUUAUGAUUUUAAAAGAGGACUAAGUAUAGUGCCUGCCUUUGAUAGACUGAAAUCUUUUCAGACAGCUAAUAAUACAUGGAACAUUGCCCACUUGGACAUACAGCCAUGUCAGGUCAAUCUUAACUUCUUCUUGCUAUAGACCCAUAUAUUGAUUCUAAAUGUAAAGGAAAGAAGAUGCUAACCAUCCAAAUACUGCCUGGAUGAACUUGAGUAUUGUUGUGCAUUGUAUUUUACCUGCAUGGGAUCAGUAUUGGUCAUUAUGAUGCUGUUCACAAGUAAUUCAGAACCAAGAUGCAUUGAAUUGCAGGUCUUCUGAACUAGGGCUGCGUCUCAUGCUCUACAAGUAAUAGAGCUUCAGAAAGACGGUCCUAAGAGGUAAUGUUAAAAUGUUGUUUCUGUCUUGAACAAAUCAGCUGCUUGUGCAAUCUGCCCUCAAGUCCCCAUGUGCAAAUAAUUAAAAGAAAUAUAUAAAUAACAUCAUAUUUUUUAGACUAAUUCAAACAGUUAGAACCACCUGACUCAGUAUGGUGGGUCAUAAACAGUUGUUAGACUCCAAGGAUUGAAUCUAGGGGGGGUUUAAUAUGCAAAGUAUGUGUUCUGUUACCAGUCUGACCCCUUAUUCCCAAAGUUGUGCUGAGUUCAAAGACACUUUGAAGUUCUCAUCAUUCUCUGAGUGUUUCUACCAUUCAGUCAGACAUAAGGAGUAGCAGAAGUUUGAUAAUGAGUUCAAAUUUUGAUUAAAAAUGGAGACUACUCAAACUCUGAGCUCUGCCUAUGAAAAGAUGUAAUUGCAUUGGGAGGAGAGUUUAUUGUGGCAUCACCACUAGUCCAUUCCUAGACAUUCACAUUUUAUAUAAUAGGUGGUACCACCAGAAAUAUUGCUAAAUUGAAUAUGUUUUUUCCAACCAGCCAUACUCUCUUCCAGGUACCUCAUUCCAUUCCCAAAAUCUCUUUUUCUAUUCCUCACCUACAUGCUGUAGAUACGUUAAUGUCUAAAAAUGGUGGAGCCAUAGGAGGAAAUGUGGAGGUUUCUCAGUUUUUUAAGAGGAACAAUUGUGAAUCAUUGAAGAAAUGCAAUAUUGCUACUCACUACAAUUUGAAAGUCACCUUUUCUCUUUAAGAACAUGAAGUGUAUCACUUGGUUUGGCUUGAGAUGAUCAUGCUUAGUACAUUACAAGUCCAGUUUAAUUCAAAAUAAUUAAAUAUUCCAUUUUUUAUUUUUACAAAUUGAGCUAAAAAGUUCUUUACGGUAAGGAACAUUUGACUUGUAAAUGAACCUUUUUGGCUUCAUCACUAUGUAAAAAUCAAGCAACAAUCAAAACAGGGGGAAACAUCAUCAACAUUGUCUCCUGUAAUCCUCCAUAACAUAAAUCAGACAUAAUGCACCCAUUCCCAUAAAUAACAGAGAAAAGGAAACCAGGGCCAGUUCUGAUAGUGUACAUCAAUGCUCCUGUUAUGUGGGAGAAGCACAAUUUUUCUCUCUAAUGCAUCAGGGACCAGCACCAAAUGUGUGCCCAUUGGUUACAAUAGUUUAUUUCCUGGAAACUUGCCACAGACUGGUAGCCCAGCACCAAUCUAGGACCAUCCUUUUGAGUAGCACUGAUAUGUGUAAGAAAUAGAUAUAGGAAUAUCUUCAUUUAUCAUUCCAAAAGAAAUGUUAUUGGCUUUUUAAGGCUUCAAAAAUGUGUUGUAUGCGUAUUCUUUCCUGUUUUUCCUUUAUUUUCCCAUUUUUUUUCUGUUUUCUACCCUGAGGUUUUCAUAUGGGUGUGUCUGUAUGUGUUUUAUUCUCCUGCCUCUUAUACCAUUACUUUUCUCACCAGAUAUAUGGUUUUGCUUAAAUUAGCACUGAUGCCUUAUGCAAAUUCUUUUAUAGUCUUGCUUAUACCACCAAGCAUAUGGACAUUCUCUUAUCCCCAAUCCUGCAACUUUUUUUUCUGUCACAUUGCUAUGGCCAUCACUGCACAAAUGGACACACAGAGACACAAGAAUCCCAGGGGCCAAAAAACAGUAUUAGCAGGGUUGAGCAAAAGUUGAGCAAAACAAAAUAGAUUACUCAUUUAACUCUAGCUACACUCUUACCUUCAAAAACUAUUAACUCAGACUCUUAACCCCACUUACUAAUUUCUAAAGCUCAUGGAUUUAUCUUUAAUUUGUUCACACCAAUCUAUCAACUAUCAAUUAAUUACCAGACGAACUACUAUCCUUAUUCAAAUCCUUGCAAAUAUUCCCUUAUUACUUUACACACAUUUCAUUCAUUCAUCUAGCCCUUUCCACAAGCUCCUUACCUGAUUACUAUAAGUAUACCAUAGAUAUAUACACAAAUUACAUAAAUAAAUAAAACAAUAUUUCACAAAAAGUCCACAUCACCACAGGGAAGUAAUUAAAACUGCUUUCUUCCCUGCUUAGAGGUUUUUGUUUGCAAAACAUUUUUUUCUAUUCCAGCAAAUAGCAGUAUUCCUUGAAGCAUUCAAAUACAGUAAGCUCUCUUAUUCACAUAUUCAGUAUCUAUGGUUUCACUUAUCUAUACUUGAGAAAUAUCUACCCACGCCUGGAGGUAUUUGUGGGCCUGUCUAGGUCCUCCAGUGCAAUUCUGUGGUAUUUUUACAGCCCAAUAUAGUCCAAAAAUAAAGGGUCCAUGAUUAUCUGUAGUUUUGGGUACCCUGGAUGUCUUGGAAUUUAUCUGACAUCGCUGUGGAGUACCUCCCCUUUUACUCACAUUAACUACAGUCCUUAGCAAAUUCACUGUUAGAGAGAAUGAUGCUUCAUGGGCCGUUGGAGGACUUUCCCAUUGCUCCAAAUUGCUGUCUCCAUUAUCAGAUUAAUUAGGUAUAUACCAGAUUUUAUACACAACAUAUUUACUUAGAAAUAAUCAAUGGCCCUCAGGCUCAACCAACAUGAUUUAGACUUUACAUACUGUAGCAUCUCUUGUUUGUUUCUACACACUGACGUAAACAGAAACUUUGUAAACUGAGAUUGGCAAUGUGAUUUUAUUCUUAAAGAGGUAAAGUAGCCCAGGGCUUGCUUGCUAGGAAUCAUGUGGCCAUUUUUAUAUUAAUUCUGUACUGGGAAAGACACUUGUCCCCUUUCUCUUCUGUCUCUUAUUAAAUUCAGUUCAGAUCCCUUGGAUAACACCUGGCAGAAGUAUUUUCCAUUUUAGGAUAAAUGGAGUAGAGUGCCAGUGUUGGUGACAGAAGUUCCUAUUUAUCCUUCCUGGAGUCAUAGAAUCAUAGAGUUGGAAGAGACCUUGUGGGCUGUCCAGUCCAACCCCCUGCCAAGAAGCAAGAAAUUAUCAUUCAAAACACCCCUGACAGUUGGCCAUCUAGCCUCUUCUUAAAAGCCUCCAAGAAGGAGCCUCCAUCACACUCCAGGGCAGAGAGUUCCUCUGCUGAACAGCUCUCACAGUUAGGACGUUCUUCUUAAUGUUCAGGUGGAAUCUCCUUUCCUGUAGUUUGAAGCCAUUGUUCCUCAUUCUAGUUUCCAGGCCAGCAGAAAACAAGCUUGCGCCCUCCUCCCAAUGACUUCCUCUCACAUAUUUAUACAUGGCCAUCAUGUCUCCUCUCAGCCUUCUCUUCUGCUAAACAUACCCAGCUCUUUAAGCAGCUCCUCAUGGGGCUUGUUCUCCAGACCCUUGAUCAUUUUAGUUGCCCGUCUCUGGACACAUUCCAGCUUGUCAAUCUCUCCCUUAAAUUGUGGUGCCCGGAAUUGGACACAGUAUUCCAGGUGUGGUCUGACCAAGGCAGAAUAGAGGGGUAGCAUGACUUUCCUGGAUCUAGACACUAUGCUCCUAUUUAUGCAGGCCAAAAUCUCAUUAGCUUUUUUAUCUGAUAUUGUUGGCUCUUGUUUAACUUGUUGUCCACAAGGACCCUGUGAUCUUUUUCACACGUACUGCUAUCAAGCCAGUUAUCCCCCAUUCUGUAUCUUUGCAUUUCAUUUUUCCAAGUCUUAUACCACAUACUAGAAGCCUCUGCCACAUGUCAACAUCUCAUAAAAUCAAGCCAUGGAUGUUGUUUUCAAACCACUCCAAAAGAUAUCCUGAAUACAAAUAUAUUAGAAUCAUUCCCACAAAUUCAAUAGCAAUCUUCCAGUAUAUUCCGUUCAUCUCCCCUACAAGCCCAUGAGCUCUAUGAAAUAAGAAUAUAUAUCUAUUCAAAGUACAAGGCAGUGCAGAAUCAAACCCAGCUUCCCAAAAACUAUUAAGUACAGAAGUUAGCAACAAUGAUGCAUAGGUGAGAAACAAAGGCACAAAAUACACAAGUCACAAGAAGUCAUAAAUCAUAGGUCAAAAGAAAGGAAAUUAUUUCCACAUUUGGAAACAAAUCACAUCUUAAGACUUACUCUCCUAAGAAAGUGAUAAAAAUUAAAGAUUAAUAUAUUGGAUGUCUUUUAAACCAUAUUGCUAUUCCAUUGUUAUUAGUAGAAAGUACUGCAACUACUAUUAACAUCAUUGUUUUCCAGUGUUAACUCUAUUGUUUUCACUUCAGCAAAGUGAGCAGAGAAAUUGGGGAGGGGCAUCGUGAAAUCUCUGUUAAAGAAUUCCUGAAAUUAUGUAUGUUCCAGAAACACAACCCAUUUUCUUAUCUUGUGCAAACUCUGAUGGUUUUGUGUUUAUUUGUAUUGUUCAGAUCAAAUGAAUUCCUUGUAAAAUAAUACUUUGUGCAAUCAUAAGGGGGGAGGGUGUUUAGAAAUAUGUAUGUAUAUAAAAAUAUAAGAAGAGGAAGCCUGUUACAACACUAAAUGAGAUAAGAAAUUAUGGCAUAAAACAAACAGGAUGAUCACAACUGAACAUUGCCACAUGCCACUGUUAAAAUGCCUCUUUAAUGGGAAGUGAUUGAGGGGUGUUUUUGUCCAUUGAAAAGUUUUUUUUAUUAAAAAAGCAGAUAAUUAAAGAA